AUGCCUCAUCGUUUUCGACUACCAUUAAGAGCACCUAAAGAAGGACAAGAUAGUUUUUUCUUAUGGAGUAUGGUUAUUCUACCUAUUGUAGCUGAUGGUUCAUAUAUAUUUGAUGCUUACUAUUAUUUAUUCCACGAUGCUCAUAUUCAUCGUUAUCAGGGACUAAUUUCAACUAUUCUUGUUGUUUUUACAUAUUUACGUUAUUGUGUACCAAUUGCAUCACAUAGAAUACUUGCUGGUUAUUAUAUUUUAUUAUGUUUAUUAACUGAAACGGGUACUAUUGGUUAUUUAAUUGUUUAUUGUAAAAAACAAAAUUAUAUUGAUAUAAUGAUUUAUUCAGGAUGGGCAGUAUUAGAAUUAAUAACAACAUGUUUUUUAAUAUAUUAUCGUGUAUAUUGUCAUUGUCAACCAAAUUUUCAUGUUGAAAGUAAACAUUUAUUUCAUUUUAUAUCACGAUUAGAAGUUAUACUUGCAAUAUUUAUACCAUUUUUUAUUAGUAAUACAUCACCUGUAUUAACAAAACAUUCAAUAGCAUUUUUUUUACUAUUCGAAUUUUUUUCUGAUUCAUAUUGUCGUUUUCAAGGUUUUUGGAUAAAAUCAAAUUUGUAUAUAUUUGUAUGUGCAGUGACAGUAUGUGUAGCAACAGAAUGGAUUUAUGCCAAUGAACAUAAAGAAGUCUAUGAAGUGCUUUCAUCAGUAUUUGAAUUAAUAUCAGCAGUGCUAUGUAAUACAUUAAUUAUUCUUCAAUUUAGUCCUUAUCAUUUUAAACCAUUAAGUUUAUCGAAAAUUGCUCGUAAAAGAAGGAGAAUUCAACAAACAAAUGACAAAGAAACACGUAUUGAAAUGGGAACUGAUACAGAAUUGGAAGAUGAAAAAUUCAACAGAGACACUCAUUGA